AUGACCGGCUGGCCCGCAGACGACAACAUCCUUUGCUUCGCGGGCGAUUGCGUCGAUCGCGGGUCGUGGGGCGUUGAGGUUUUCGUCGUCAUCUUGGCCCUCAAGCUUUGCAAACCACGCUGCGUUGUGUUGCUGCGAGGCAACCAUGAGUCUACUGGUUGCACAGCCAGGUAUGGAUUUCGGAAUGAGGUCUUGAGAAAGUAUGAUGAAAGAGUCCUAUUGACUUUCUUCAAAACCUUCAACGAGAUCCCAUCACCUCUUGUCCCUGGCGAACGCCGCAUAUUGGUCCUGCAUGGCGGUCUUUUCCGAAGCUGGAAAUCUCCGAAAAAGGGCUCCAUGGCUCUUGGCAAUCUCAACGACUUAGCCGAGACGCGUCGCCAGUUAAGUGACCCACAACACUGCAUCCUGGAAGACGUCUUGUGGAGUGACCCGCAGAUUGACGCCUCGGAUGUGGCUCUCAACGUCUUGCGUGGUGCCGGAAUCCUUUUCGGCAAUGGAGCAGCCGAGUCCUUCUUUCGGAGAAAUAACCUUCACGGUCUCAUUCGAGCCCAUGAGGGCCCUGACAUGAGAGAGAAGAGGGAGGGUAUGGAUGAUAUGCUUGGAGGAUACUCUGUGGACAUCGAACUUAUUUCCAGUUUUGUCGCGACCGUCUUUUCAGCUGCUGAUUACCGUAAGUGCCAUCCCAUGCAACCAACGUCUUUAUGCUCUCCUGAUUCUCCUUUACUCUAACACUCUUUGGCACUUUUCAUUGAAUUUGCGUCUCAAUUGAAUUGCGUGUGCAGCUCCGGAUCGUCCGAGAUCCAACAAAGGAGCAUUUGCAACCUUGCAAGGGGCUGACAUCCAGCCUCUGAAAAUCCUUCCAGACUUUACUCAAUUCGAGAAACAGUGCAGCCCGGACGACAAGGUGCUGUUUUAUAUCCCUCCUGAUUCAGCCCAGGCAGCAACCCCACGGACAAGCGUGUCUUAGUCAAGGAAUGUUUCGGAGACACAGUAUUCCUACAAAAAGAAAUUGUGAAGGAAUCUAGUAUGAGGUUGGCAUCUUUCUUCAACGCACGCAGUGGCGUGAUUUGUACACCUCACAUCAUUCGCUGCGUCCUUUACCAAACUGAUAUCUCAACAUCUAUCUCGAGCAAUGGCUUUUUGAAAGUGCUGUGGAUGUUCUAUUCUUUCUCCUUCGCCGAAGCAUGACACUGCUGGGAGGGCCCACAUGAUGACAUCUGUUGCUCUGUCACAUGCGUGGGCAGUGUACUGCUCUUUGACUUGCCUGGACGAAUGGCUUUCUCAAAAAAUCGCUUUUGCAUUAACAAGCAACACGGAAUUCCGUAGACAUCGCAACAUUGCUCAGCUCCGUCGCAUUUCGAGUCUGCUGUACCUUCGUGUAGCGCGGCACAGCCUGGAAGUGUGAUUCAAGCUGUCUGCUCCACAGCUGCGAUAUCCAAUGUCGUGCCCUGGGCAACAUUUUCAUUUUCUUCACCCGAGUCACUGCCGAGAGUUCUCCUCUUCACAUUAAUUUGAAAUGUGUCCUCUAUAUCACAUUCGAGCACAUACGAAUCAGACAAAAUGUACAGAUUAAGUUUUUUCUUCCCCUGUGCAUCAGCCAAUGCAUCCGCGUGUUCAGUUGGAGGUACGAAAUCAAGUUUCACGGUUGCAGCAACCUUCAGUGAAACGUAUUUCAACGUUAACAGAGAAUUGUUUUCCCAGUCUCCAACAAUUACCCACCACCCCUCUUCUUUGAUUGUUGGAUACAACGGGGCUGUAACUAAAGGAACAGUCUUUCGUUUUUG